AUGGCGGACGAUGCUAACAAGCCGUUCGCAGGACUCGCAGAUGUGUCCAUAUCCGAGGAUAUCGCGGUGGAAGGGGACAUAUCUGUGCCCGUGGGGAGCUCCAGGGUGGAUGAGGACAUGUCGACUCUGGACGAGCCGGUGAAGGAGACAGUCCUUAGAGACCUUCGCGCUGUGGGGAAGAAGUUUGUGCACGUGUUGUACCCCAAGAAGAGCUCUGCUCUGCUGAGGGACUGGGACCUGUGGGGGCCCCUGCUCCUCUGUGUCACCCUGGCCCUGCUUCUGCAGGGAGGGGCUGUGGACCAGGGGGAACAGGGGGGGCCACAGUUUGCUGAGGUCUUUGUCAUCGUCUGGCUGGGUUCGGUGGUCAUCACUCUGAACUCUCAGCUUCUGGGUGGGACCCUGUCCUUCUUCCAGAGCCUGUGUGUUCUGGGUUACUGUAUCCUCCCUCUGACCUCCUCACUGCUUCUCUGUCGGAUUCUGCUCCUCGUCGCCAACAACAACGCUGUGACGUUCUCAGUGCGCCUCCUGGUUGUGUGUGCCUCAUUCGGCUGGUCCACCUUCGCCUCCACGGCUUUUCUCGCCGACAGCCAGCCUCCGAACCGCAGAGCUCUGGUGGUAUACCCCGUCUUCCUCUUCUACUUUGUGAUUGGGUGGAUCAUCCUCACCUUCUCACCAUAG